UAUUGUAGCACACGUCUUACGUUAUUUAGCGCAAAAUGGCCAACAUUUAUUUGCAGUGCUCCCUCCUUAACGAAUUCAUUCAUUUUUGUCAACUGGCCCAGUUGACACAUUGACAGCUGUGAGUCAGUUGCAAAUCGUACAUUGCCGUCAUAAAUUUAUGUUCAUUCUGCAACGAAAUACUCAAUUAAUUGUUCUCGACGGUGUUAAUUGUUAACCCAAAUGUGCCACAUCGCCAGCGCCUGUUGACGUCGUUGUCGGCGCGGAUUUAUUUCCUUACAAUGCAGUUCUCCCCGUGUUGGCUACGGGUUGGCAGCUAUAAACAAUUAAUUCGCGUUUGAUAAGCGGAUAAUAUCUUAUCAGCGAAGUUGACUGCGACCACAACAUCUGGAUAACAAGUGCUAAAAACCACCAAUAUGUUCGCCUCGCUGAAGAACAAAAUUCGCGAAGAGACGGGCAGCGACUUGUCGAAACUGACCGCAAAAAUCACAUCUUCAACCGUGCAGCGAAUAGAUUCCCUCCGAGGUAAAGGCUCUACAUCCAGUUUAAACUCUUUGGUGUCUUCAGAUGGUCAAAAGGACGACGCCUCCGAGACGGGGCGGAACGACGAGGACCUCAAGAAGAAAGUACAGCGUCUAGAGGCCGAAUUUGUGAAGAAACUUGAUGAAAAAGACAAGGAACUGAAGGAAAUCUUGAAUGAAAAAGACAAGAGGAUAAGCAGUUUAGAGAAGGAAAAAGAAGAGGCUUAUAAACACAUACACAAUCUAAAGGAAUCUCUUAAAAACGUUGAAGAUUUCAAGCAAAAAUUAGUUGAAAGACAAGAAGAUAAAGAACAGAUUGAAAGUUUUCAAACACAAGAGUUGUCCAAAGUGAAACAUCUAGUAUUAUUAAGAGAGCAAGAGCUUGAAGACAGGUCAAAUCAGCUAAAAGAAGCCACGCAGCAAUUGGAAAAAAUCCGAAGUGAAGUGAAUAGACUGCGACGUUUCGAAGAGCAACUGAGUGAUGUACAAGACGAUUUGGAGAGUCUGCGACACUCGAGCGCCAGAGACAUGGCCACGCUGGCGUCCGAUUUGGCGAAAAGCGAGGAAGAGCGCAGACAUUUGACCGAUCUAGUUGCCAUUUUACGUGAGAGGAGUAGCUCUGAUAAUUCUGAUGAACAGUUUGCUGCUGAGAGGAAACUUCUCGAGCAGCGAUUGGAAGAGGCGCAUUUACACCUGGCUGAUAUUAAAACAUCCUGGAGCGAUAAAAUUGCAUCGUUAGAAACACAAGUGGGGAGGUUGAGUCGACAAGCGGCUGAAGAAGGAUCGGAACGAAGACGUGCCGUGGAUGAGAAAGAUGUUUUAUUAGAGCGCGUACGUCAAUUAGAAUGUGAAUUGGAGUGCAAUAAUCUGGAGCUGAAUAACAAAGACGCGAAAAUGAAGCGGUUGAUAAUGGAGAUUGAAGAAUUGUCGACGGAGUUGAAGAAUUUGCGGUCAGAGUCCGAGGAAGAGGUGGCUUUUUUGCGCGUGCAAAUCCAAAACACCAAAAUCGAAAUGAAGGCAGUGAAGAAAAACUUGGAGAACACCGAGUGUGAGUUGGAGAAACAUGAAGAUGAGUGCAGUAAACUUCGAUUGUCUGUGGAUUCCGAACAUCAAACGAAUAGCUCCCUGCGGCAGGUGAUUACUAAUUUGGAGAAGGACCUAGAUGAGGAGAAGAGGAAUAGUUUGAAUGUACAACGCACGUUGACGAGGGUAACGGCUGAGAAGAACACUGCAUUGUUGAGGAAUGCUGAAAUAUCUCAACAGAUGGAAAUUGCUAAGCAAGAGACGCGGCGACAGGAAAGCGAAAUGAAUGAUUUGCUAAAUAAAAUUAACCAAUUAGAAGAUGAUAAUAAUAAAUACAAAGAGAAGGAAACCAAGGGCGUGGAGCAAGAACUACGCAACACGGUGACGAUUUUAGAAGAACAGUUAGCUGAUAAAAAUAAGAAUAUAAAGACACUUCAAUUACGCCUAGCGGACAUGAAGAAAACGCUACAACAAGAACUGCGCACCACGAAUCACUCCAGCGCAUUCUUCGACAGCAACGAGUCAGCGGCAAUUCUAACUCCUAGUCAAAUUACAACGCGUAAUCACCAAUAUACAGGACUGCGCAAGGACGACGACGACGUAAACUUCACAUACCUCAAGCACGUUAUCAUCAAGUUUCUCACCAGCCGUGAGUACGAGGCGCAGCAUUUAACCCGCGCCGUCGCCACGCUGCUGAAGUUUUCGCCCGAAGAGGAGAAGCUGCUCAAUGACACGCUGGAGUGGAAAAUGUCGUGGUUCGGCUCGCGGCCGAAAGUCGGUAAGGGUCAAACGUCCAAAGGCUUGCCACGCAGCUGAUGGUUACUCUAAUAAUUACAUGAAUGAAUUGAAAUACUUGCACUCUCUCUGAUUCGGAAUCAAUUCGGCCAAAGACACAUCACGCAAAUGAUGGGAUUUACAUUCGAGAAUAAUUUUUACUCAUGCAGCUUUGUUUUCAGAUGGUAAAUAAUCUAGUAGGGCGAGGAAUCUAGAUGAAUAGUACCUUGUACCGAGAGGGGCCGGAUGCCAUGCCGCAGGUUUGUUUCUCAGAGAAUAUCUAACAUUUACAUAAUAGAAAAUUGACGAAUUGACGAAUUACGGAUGAUAAAAUUGGUAAUGGUUGAUGAGAUUUUAACGAAACCUUGGUGAUGCGGGUCCCCUCUCUGAUUUCCACUUUUCUACCACAUUUUUAAAACGUACGAUACAGUUUAGCAAGUUCUCAAUAUGACUGGGAUGCUUGUGAGACACGUCACAAUUCCAUAUUCCUAAAAUUGGGUACGAACAUUCCUGAAAAUUCAAUUCAAAUCGUUUGUAAUAGUAUUAAAGCUCUAGACGAACCCAUGUAGUUGAUUCCAACUGUUUCCUACGAAUUGUUACUAGGUAUUUUCGGUUUUUUUAACUUUUAUCAAGUAUAUACUUGUAUUUUUAUAGCGCGUCAAAUGAGUAAGCAGAUUUUGCAUCUAAUUAAGUUCAUCUAGUUUGUACAUACUUUUGUUUUCGACCUUCUGGGCAAUAUUUGUACAUACAGUUAUGUUAAGACGACAAUGCUAGAGUCGUGAGUUUUUCGUUUGACUAGUUGUGGUGUUCUAAAUUCAAUUAACCGAAUUUGUAAUCACGUGAAACUGCCAAUUAAUAAGUUGUAAACAUAAUGCCGUCGGUUUUGGCUAGAGUUUCAUUUUCACGAUGAUUAUGAUUGCUAUCUUGUUGUCUAUUUAUUAUAUUUAUUUUCGAAAAUAAAUGCAAAAUGUGUAACGAAA